AUGUCUCCGCCUCAGACUCCGUCUCAAAAAUCCCAACCCCCGCAUCACGAAAAUUUUGUGGAGAGGAUUUUUGAACAUCACGGCCAUCACCAUGAUGAAGAUAAUAAAGACCAUCCCGAAUCGCAGUCCGAGGCACCACACAAGGAAAGUGAGAAGGAUAAGUACAAGGAUUGGUAUCACAAGGAGGAGGAUGAAGAAGCAGAAGGAGAGACAUAUGGUGGCCUGAUGUGA